UCAAGCGCCAUAAAAUAUGAUGACAAAGCAGCCACUCGGCGCCUCCCAUCUGGAUAACCUCAUGUUCUGGAAGCUGCGUAGAACAUUCCUUUCCAAUGAACCAGUACCGUGCGCAUCACCAACCGGUACUUGAUUGAUUACGAAGCAACGUCAGCAGGUACAACCCGAUUGAUGCCAUCAACCCGCACUUAACAACAAACUCCAAACCUCUCAGGCAGUUGCAAAUAGAACAAAUCAUCAUCCCUUUCGACUCAUACUCCCUUGAUCUUGCAGUCACAACCUUCAACUAAGAUCUCAUAUAAUCAGUUCUACUUCUACUCUCCAACCACCAAGACCGUGAGCGGCAAUACAUAGCACUACGCAACUGUUAUCGAGUAAUCCAUAAUAUCAUCACAAUGAACGAUUCGGAGCAACAGAGCCAGCCAAAAGGCGCACCGCUGCCCCUCUCGUCAGGAGAGGCCAGCACAUCAUACAUCAACGACGGCGACCACUUCGAAAUAACCAUCAAGUUCGCCCCCGAGAAGCACUCCCAAAGCUGGUUAUUUAGGCAAGACACCACCUUUGAGGACAUCCUCAUGGCCCUCGGCCACCAAUGGCCCGACUACGACUUUCUAAAAUCCAAAGCCAUCGUCGAGAAGCGCCAGUCACCAUCAUCAACAACAACAAAGACCAAAUCCCUCCUCAAGACCCCAGACGACGACAACCUCCCCAUGCAGCUCUACGCCGGCAACUCCCUCCGCUUCAUGGCCCCCAAAAAAUCAGCCCUAGAAUCCCUCCACGCCGCCUCCGCCUCGAUCGCCAAGCGCGAAGCAGCCCUCCAAGCCCAGCGGCGCAUGGCCUACAAAGGAGGCCAACCAUCCGCAUCCAGCGGAUCCAGGGGCGGCAUCCACACCAUCAACGGCCCUUCCUCAGACUCGUCCUCCGGCGACACCCGCUUCACCUUCCAAACCAUCCGGCCCCUCCCGCACCUCCCCAACCCCUCCCGCAGCCUGUCCUUCCUCAACCGGCUCGCCGCGGACCCCGGCAUCCGCGCCGCCAUGCGCGCGCACCAGUUCACCGUCGGCCUGUUAACGGAGAUGGACCCGGGGCAGUAUACGGCCUCCAAUCACGAGGGGACCACGCGCAUCUUGGGCCUGAACCGCAACAAGGGCGAAGUGAUCGAACUAAGACUGCGGACGGACGCGUACGAUGGGUAUAGGGAUUACAAGACGAUCCGCAAGACGCUGUGUCAUGAGUUGGCGCACAAUGUGCAUGGGGAGCAUGAUAGGCAGUUUUGGGAUUUGUGCAAGCAGAUUGAACGGGAGGUGGAGAGGGCGGAUUAUACCAAAAGUGGGAGGGUGGUGGGCGGGGAGGAGUAUGAGUAUGGUGGGCCUGCGCCUGUGAACGAGCCGGAUGAUGAAGAGGGUGCAGUCUAUGAUCAUGGCGGCUGGACGGGCGGGACAUAUUUCUCGAUGCGAUGCACUCCUGUCCAGUUUGUGUAUGUGACAUAUCCUCAAUCGCCCAUGAGCAUCGCAACACUACCUACGCUCUGUGAAGUGUGA